AAAAUCUUAUAAUGUUCAUGAUUUCCAUCAUCAUCUUCGUCGUCUUCUUCCUUACCCAAUAACAAAUUACAUCCAAAUGCACCUCAAAAUUCCAUAAACCUAUGUAUUUUGUUUACCUCAAUCUUCUUAUAAACUCUAAAAUUGAAAUCCCCAAUUCUCAUAGGAACGCAGGGAGUAUCAUGCAACUUUUGCUACCUUAUACCUUCAUUUCAUAAAAAAAAAAGAAAAAAAGAAAGCAGCACACUUGUUUGAACGAGAUCGUUUUCACGAAAAACGGUUUACAAUUAUGGUUACAGUGAGAAAUAGGAUCAUCGCUGAAGAACCUUACGGAAUUCAAUAUGAACAAAUAAUGGCUCCGCAUCUUCUUCUUCAAUUUGGUUCGUUGCUUCGUUCCACUGCUCCGAAUAUUUUGAUGUCGGCGGUGAUGGUGCCGCUUCUCUGGGAGAGAAUGAAGAUGAAAGCUUAUGAGGAAGGUGCUAAUGGUGGGAAAGCAAAUGGGAAGACUUGGACUUAGCCGUGGUCUCAACGAAAUUUGGAAUUUUGAUAAAAUGAAAAUGGUGUGGACAAACAUACACAAAAACAAUGGAGAACCAUAAUAAGGUGCUAAUGCUAAUUGUGUGUAUUUUCUUCUUUUGCUCCAUGCCUACUUACAGUAUUCAGCACACUCUCGCUACAAAUCAGUUUAUACAAUACAAUGAUACCCUUGUUUCUGCAGAUGGAACUUUCAAAGCAGGAUUUUUCAACUUCGGAGAUCCACAGCGACAAUACUUUGGUAUAUGGUACAACAACAUAUCUCCACGGACUUAUGUGUGGGUAGCCAAUAGAAACACGCCAGCACAAAAUUCAACUGCAAUGAUGAAACUUACCGAUCAAGGAAGUCUUGUUAUUCUUGAUGGCUCCAAAGGAGUUAUCUGGAACUCCAAUUCAUCAAGAAUUGGAGUGAAACCAGUUGUUAAGCUUUUGGAUUCUGGAAAUCUUGUUCUAAAAGAUGCAAACAGCACUCAAAACUUUUUUUGGGAAAGUUUUGAUUAUCCCGGUGACACUUUCCUUGCUGGAAUGCAACUGAAAAGUAAUUUAGUUACUGGUCCAUAUAGAUAUCUCACAUCUUGGAGAAACCCUGAAGAUCCUGCUGAAGGUGAGUAUUCGUAUAGGAUAGAUACACAUGGUUUUCCUCAACUGGUUACUGCAAAGGGAGCAACAAUUCUGUAUAGAGGAGGAUCAUGGAAUGGAAUUCUUUUCAGUGGUUCUUCUUGGCUAAGAAAGCAGAGAAUCUUGAAUUUCUCUUUAGUGAUCACUGACAAAGAACUCUCUUAUCAAUACAAAAGUCUGAACAUUUCAAUUAUUACUAGAAAAGUGCUAGAUCCAUACGGAACUUCACAACGUUUUAUAUGGUCAGAUAGGACACAAAUUUGGGAGCCUACUUCUUCUCGUCCUGCAGACCAGUGUGAUGAUUAUGCCUUGUGUGGUAUUAACUCUAACUGCAAUAUCAAUGGAUUUCCAAUAUGUGAAUGCUUGGUUGGUUUCAUGCCAAAAUUUCAACCAAAGUGGGAGUCAUCAAAUUGGUCUGAUGGGUGUGUAAGGAAAACACAUUUAAAUUGUCUCCAUGGAGAUGGAUUUUUACCAUACAGAAACAUGAAAUUGCCAGAUACAUCAGCAUCGUGGUUUGACAAGAGCAUGACCCUUGAGGAAUGUAAGACAAUGUGUUUGAAAAAAUGUUCUUGCACUGCAUAUGCAAAUUUAGAUGUCAGAGCUGGUAGGAGUGGCUGCUUACUUUGGUUUGACAACAUUGUGGACAUGAGAAUACAUCAAGACCAAGGACAAGACAUUUACAUACGGCUGGCAUCUUCAGAAUUUGAUCAUAAAAAGAAUAUGAGAAACUUUAAGCGUGCUGGGAUUCUUGCUGGAGUUAUUGCAUUGGUUAUAGGAAUAGCCGUUCUUGUAUUGGUAACAUCAGUAUACAGAAAGAAGCUUGGGUAUAUAAAAAAGAUAUUUAAAUGGAAGUACAAGAAGCAAAAUGAAGAUGGUGACUUAGUAACGAUAUUUAAUUUUUUGUCCAUCACAAAUGCAACAAAUAACUUCUCUAACAGAAACAAGUUAGGAGAAGGUGGUUUUGGACCAGUGUACAAGGGCGUAAUGGUAGAUGGCAAAGAGAUUGCUGUUAAGAGGCUUUCUAAAACAUCAAUACAAGGAAUUGAGGAAUUCAAAAAUGAAGUAAAGUUGAUGGCAACACUUCAACACCGUAAUCUUGCAAAACUUAUUGGUUGUUCUAUUAAACAAGAUGAAAAGUUGUUAAUCUACGAAUUCUUGCCCAACCGGAGCUUGGAUUACUUUAUAUUUGAUACUACACGAAGCAAAUUACUAGAUUGGACUAAGCGCUUGGAAAUUAUCGAUGGGAUUGCUCGAGGGCUGCUCUAUCUCCAUCAAGAUUCUACACUAAGAAUCAUACACAGAGAUGUCAAAAUAAGCAAUAUUCUUCUUGAUAUUGACAUGGUCCCGAAGAUAUCAGAUUUUGGUUUAGCCAGAUCAUUUAUGGGAGACCAAGCUGAGGCAAAUACAAACACAGUGACAGGAACACAUGGAUACAUGCCUCCAGAAUAUGCAGUGCAUGGAUCUUUCUCAAUAAAAUCGGAUGUUUUUAGCUUCGGAGUCGUUGUUCUUGAGAUAAUUAGCGGUAAAAAGAAUAGCGGAUUUUGUGACCCUCGACACCGUCUAGACCUUCUUGGGCAUGCAUGGAGACUAUGGAUUGAAGAAAAGCCAGAGGAGUUAAUAGCUGACAUAUUAUAUGAUGAGGCCAUAUAUUCAGAAAUAAUAAGAUUUAUUCAUGUGGGUCUAUUGUGUGUACAACAGCAACCGGAAAAUAGGCCUAACAUGUCAUCUGUGGUCUUUAUGUUAAAGGGUGAAAAGUUACUCCCUGAACCAAGUGAACCCGGGUUCUACUCAGGAAGACAUAAUAAGAAUGGUACAGAUUUUUCAAUAAAUGAAGCUACAAUCUCAUUGUUAGAGGCCCGAAAAGGACAAACAAACACAAACACAAUGGAGAACCAUAAUAAGGUGCUAGUGCUAAUUGUGUGUACUUUCUUCUUUUGCUCCAUGCCUACUUAUUGUAUUCAGCACACUCUUACUACAAAUCAGUUUAUACAAUACAAUGAUACCCUUGUUUCUGCAGCUGGAACCUUUGAAGCAGGAUUUUUCAAUUUUGGAGAUCCACAACGCCAAUACUUUGGUAUAUGGUACAAGAGCAUAUCACCAAGGACUAUUGUGUGGGUUGCUAAUAGAGACACACCAGUACAAAACUCAACAGCAAUGAUGAAACUUACUGAUCAAGGAAGUCUUGUUAUUAUUGAUGGCUCCAAAGGCAUUAUCUGGAAUUCCAAUUCAUCAAGAGUUGGAGUGAAACCAGUUGUUCAACUUUUGAAUUCAGGAAAUCUUGUUCUGAAAGUUGCAAACAACACUGAGAACUUUUUGUGGGAAAGUUUUGAUUAUCCCGGUAACACUUUCCUUGCUGGAAUGCAGCUGAAAACUAAUUUAGUUACUGGUCCAUAUAGGUAUCUCACAUCUUGGAGAAGCCCCGAAGAUCCUGCUGCAGGCGAGUUUUCAUAUAGGAUAGAUACACAUGGUUAUCCUCAACAGGUUACUGCAAAGGGAGCAACAAUUCUGUAUAGAGGAGGAUCAUGGAAUGGAAUUCUUUUUACUGGUGUUUCUUGGUUAAGAAAGCAUAGAAUCUUGAAUUUCUCAGUAGUGUUCACAGAUAAAGAAUUCUCUUAUCAAUAUGAAAGUCUGAACAAUUCAAUUAUUACUAGAAUGGUGCUAGAUCCAUAUGGAACUUCACAACGUUUUAUAUGGUCAGAUAGGACACAAAUUUGGGAGUCUAUAUCUUCUCGUCCUACAGAUCAGUGCGAUGUUUAUGCCUUGUGUGGUAUCAACUCUAACUGCAAUAUUAAUGGCUUUCCAAUAUGUGAAUGCUUGGAAGGUUUCAUGCCAAAAUUUCAACCAAAGUGGGAGUCAUCAAAUUGGUCUGAUGGGUGUGUAAGGAAAACAGAUUUAAAUUGUCUCCAUGGAGAUGGAUUUUUACCAUACACAAACAUGAAGUUGCCAGAUACAUCAACAUCAUGGUUUGACAAGAGCAUGACACUUGAGGAAUGUAAGACAACGUGUUUGAAAAACUGUUCUUGCACAGCAUAUGCAAGUUUAGAUAUCAGUGAUGGUGGGAGUGGUUGCUUACUUUGGUUUAACAACAUUGUGGACAUGAGAAUACAUCCAGAUCAAGGACAAGAAAUUUACAUACGGUUGGCAUCUUCAGAACUUGAUCAUAGAAAGAAUAAGAGGAACUUCAAGCGUGCUGGGAUUCUUGCAGGAGUUAUUGCAUUGAUCAUAGGACUAACUGUUCUUGUAUUGGUCACAUCAAUAUACAGAAAGAAGCUUGGUAAGCCAAGGUAUAUAAAAAAGUUAUUUAACUGGACGUAUAAGGAGAAGGGAGAUGGUGACUUGGUAACGAUAUUUGAUUUUUCGGCCAUCACAAAGGCAACAAAUAACUUCUCUAACAAAAACAAGUUAGGCGAAGGUGGUUUUGGACCGGUGUACAAGGGCAUAAUGGUAGAUGGCCAAGAGAUUGCUGUUAAGAGGCUGUCUAAAACAUCAGGACAAGGAGUUGAAGAGUUCAAAAAUGAAGUAAAGUUGAUGGCAACACUUCAACACCGCAAUCUUGCAAAACUUAUUGGUUGUUCUAUUCAACAAGAUGAAAAGUUGUUGAUCUACGAAUUCUUGCCCAACAGAAGCUUGGAUUACUUUAUUUUUGAUACUACACGAAGCAAACUACUAGAUUGGACUAAGCGCUUGGAAAUUAUCGAUGGGAUUGCUCGGGGGCUGCUCUAUCUCCAUCAAGAUUCUACACUAAGAAUCAUACAUAGAGAUGUCAAAAUAAGCAAUAUUCUUCUUGAUAUUAAUAUGAUCCCGAAGAUAUCAGAUUUUGGUUUAGCCAGAUCAUUUAUGGGAGACCAAGCUGAGGCAAAUACAAAUACAGUGACGGGAACACAUGGAUAUAUGCCUCCAGAAUAUGCCGUGCAUGGAUCUUUCUCAAUAAAAUCUGAUGUUUUUAGCUUUGGAGUCGUUGUUCUUGAGAUAAUUAGCGGCAAAAAGAAUAGCGGAUUUUGUGACCCUCGACAUCGCCUAGACCUUCUUGGGCAUGCAUGGAGACUCUGGAUUGAAGAUAGGCCAGAGGAGUUAAUAGCCAACAUAUUCUAUGAUGAGGCCAUAUAUUCAGAAAUAAUAAGAUUUAUUCAUGUGGGUCUAUUGUGUGUACAACAGCAACCAGAAAAUAGGCCUAACAUGUCAUCUGUGGUCUUUAUGUUAAAGGGUGAAAAGUUACUCCCCGAACCAAGUGAACCCGGGUUCUACGCAGGAAGAAAUCAUAAGAAUAGCACAGAAUUUUCAAUAAAUGAAGCUACAAUGUCAUUGUUAGAGGCCCGAUAGAAUCCCACUGUACUUGACACUGACACGGAUCUGUUAAAUAUGUGCUAAAAUUUGGUUUUGGCAAGUAUAAAGAUAGAUUAUAGAAUAUGUUUAUUGAAGUUGAAGCUAUCUAAUUUUGUGAUUUGCAGUGUAGUUUAUUUUGGUUUUUUUUUUCUUUCAAGAUUCUCAUGUAAUUGUAUGGUUGGAUAUACAUGUAACUUGGAGAGGCCAUUGCUUUUUCAAAGCUAUAUACACAUCAUUAUUUCACAGUUGGUGCAGAAAAAAUAAACAAGUUUAUAUUAGUCAUACUUGGCGAAAGAGAAACCGAGUUCGUGACUGGUUGUCUUGGCUUGUUCUUCUCAUUCAUAGUCUACUGGUGUUGAUAUUUUGCAGGAACCUUUGACUAUGACUUUCUUGCUUUCUGAUCAUAAAGAGGAAAAAACAAUAGUCAAUUCCUCCCAAUCAUUGUGUAUAUUGCUACUUGAAAUGAUGAUCACAUAGAAACUGGAUAAUUGGAGAGAUGAAUAUUGGCUUGGAAGUCACAAUAAAAAUAUCCUAGAGUUGAAGUCCAAAGUGCUUAAUUCCUAUCCUCUGAUGUCUGACCACACAACACUUAACUUAUUAAUUUGUUAAAUUUCUUAAACACUUGUCUUCUUAAUUGAGUUACGGUUAUGACAAUGUCCGACAAUCCCUCUACAUUGGGUUCAUUGCGUCAUUCCAUCGCAGGUUUAUGCUAGGGUUUGGGAGAGAAUGAAGAUGAAGGAUCGUGGGAUAAGGAAGUUGUAAUAUGAAUUUUAAAUUACAACUAUAUUUGUAUUGAUUGAGAUAAUCUAUUUAAUUUAUACACCACAGACC